CUAGAUUUCAUAUCUCGCCAUAUUUGAUGUUUAAGAAUUCGAGCAUGUGAUAUAUCUCAUUUAUAAUUUUAGAGAAAUUAUGUAUCAUAAAUUGCUUAGAGACUAUUUACUAUUCAAUAAUAUUAUGUGAAAAAAUAAUAAGUUAUGAACUAAAUGAUAUUAUAUUGAGAUUGAGCUGAUUUGACGAGGUAAUUGAUGAGUCUAGCUCGAGUCCAGCUCAAGUUAAACACAAUCUAAGAAUUUCGUAAAUAAGCUAAGUUGAACUAAAGUUGGAUCAAAAUACAGCUAGCUUCCUUAGUCCGAAUGAGUUGAGACAGGUGGCGGCUGUUCAUAUCGGACCUGCUUCCCUUGAGGAUUUAUGGGCAUGGAGGUUCAUUGAGAAAGGUGAUUUCACGGUUAAGUCAGCUUUUAUCCACUUCCAUAACAGCACUAGGCAUCCCCAUGGACAGGCUGAGGUACUGUCUGAUAUGAGCAAAAAACGUUGGAAAUGGCUCUGGAGCCUCUCGAUCCCGCCGAAAUUGAAAUUCUUUAUUUGGAAGGUUGUCAGAGGGGCGCUGGCAUCCAAGGAGAACCUCUUCGCCAGGAAAUGCUCGCCGUCGAAAGCCUGCCCGAUCUGCGGCUGCUCGUCAGAGACGAUUUUCCACUGCCUCUUCGUUUGUCCACAUGCUGCUGAAGGGUGGAACCAGGAAUGGCCCAACCUGCCAAGGCCGACCCCAUCUCCUCUAUCCUGGAGUGGCUGGAGUCUAUCCGCCAAUUGUACCCGAUCUGCUCAAUUCAGAAGAUUGUUUUCCUGAUGUGGCAAACUUGGAAAGCAAGAAACGAGAAGAUCUUCCGGGGAACUCCUCCUUGGCCACCAUCCACCAUCAGUAAAGCUGCAGCGGACCACCAUCAAUGGUCCACAUGCCCUCGACCCCAUCACAACGGGUCUCCUCCAACUCAGCCCACUCCACUCCCUGAUCACUCUACACCAUCGCCAGGUACUCAUGUUUUUGAAGUACACUGUGACGGCUCGUUUUUCGACGAGCCCCAGAAGGCGGCAUAUGGCGUCAUUGUCUCGAACAGCCAUGGUCAAGUGUGCGACGGGAAGGCUGAGCUCAUGCAUUGUUUUUCCCCUGUUGAAGCAGAAGCCGUGGCCUUGCUUGAAGCCUCUCGAAUGGCUGCCUCGCUUACAGCUCCUUGCCUAGUGAAGACUGACUGCCUGCAGCUGGUUCAGGCGAUCGAGCGACCACCCAGAACGUGGCCAUGGCGAGCGGCGGCGAGACUUGGAAAAAUCAAGCUUGUCCUGGAUUCCAACCCGCAGAUCAAUGUUAGGCACUUUUGUCGUAAGCUGAAUUUGAAAGCGGAUUGGGUUGCCAGAUCCUGUGCAAAGAAUCAGUUACCCCCACAAUGGUUGCAGAUCAUUGAUUUGGUUGCACCUUUGUUGUAAUGAUUUUCUGGUUGCUUCAUAUAAUGGAAAUUCAUUGUGCUUUGUAAAAAAAAAAAAAAUACAGCUAGACUCAGCCUUUUUGUAGCCUACUUUUGUCCAACUCCUUCCUUUCAGUCGAUUCUUGACUCUUGUCUAGGUUUAAACUUUUGCUCAUUUCAUACAAAUCAUAAAUUUCAACUGGGAUUAAAUCGUUCGGAACACUCAAAAUACGAUCGUAAUUAGUGACUAAUGUCAUCAGCACCAAAAAUAUAUUAUAUAAAAAAGAAUUCUUUUGCAUGUAUGGGGUAGAAUGUGAUCCAAAGCCAGACCCAGAUCUGCAUUAUGGUGGACAUAAAAAGAAGGAUCAGCCCCCAGAUGGAUUGGACAUGACAGGAAUCAUUCUUUGAAAACGAAGCAAGGAAUAAAUUAAAGCUAGGUGA